AUGGGCUGCGACACCGUCAGGGAGUUUACCAUUGUGACUGCGGAGGGAGAUGAGCGCGAUGAUCCGAAAAGAGACAAGGGUAAGCUGUUCUGGGCCCUCCGAGGUGCUGGCGGCGGAAACUUCGGUGUCGUCGUCGAAAUGAAGUUGGCACUGAAAAAGUUAAAGAGCAAUGUCGUCGUCGCCGGACAAUACACCUGGUUUCCGGAACGUCAAGCCAUUGACUUAUUCAUGACAACCAUGAAUAGCUUCUAUACCAGGAGCUCGCCGGAUGAAAUGACGCUUGACAGCACCUGGCUGUGCGACCUCUCGAACGUCAGGACCGAUCUCGACGUCCGGUUUCUGGUCUACUAUAAUGGUGGCCGGGGAGCUUUUAACAAAGUCAUUGAUGACUGGACGAUAUCGAACGACCCUAGUCAACAUGCAGAGCUAAAGAAACAACUCAAACGGCGGUCAUUGCAGGAGAUAUCAUCCCGCUUCCUUCACGAGACUCUGGCGGCGCAGUGGAUCGAGGAGACCAAAAAGUACUUUCCUACCAACCGCUCUUACCAGAUUUAUACUUCAUUCGUCUUUAAGCAUGCCCAAGGGAGCAUUGAAAGAAUUACCCGCAUUAUCAGAGACGAGAUGAGAGCUCCGGGAGCAAUUUGCAGGAGAGACAGGCACUCUGCAGGUUACCUUUAUUCAUUCUGGUGGUGCGGCAAACCAGAGGCAAAGGAGGGACACGGCCUUCCGCUGGCGUGGCUGCAUUUAUUUCACAUACAUCAUGAUCCAGGGGGAUGA